AUGCUUCAUUCCUUCCACACUCCAAACUUUCAGGCUGUGCAGAUAAAAGAUGGAACCAAUGCAUUAUUGAGAGUGACUGCAUGCAAAUACAUUGUUGAUGAUCUUGUCAGUAAUGUAGAUACUGCUCUAACCCCAAAAACAAUUGAUUUCAGGCUGCAGCUACAAAGGCUAACUGAGGUCAAGUUUUUCUAUGGAGAAAGAGGGAAGAAUAUGGAGGCUGACAUUCUGGCGAAAGAUGCAAGGGAGAACCUAAAUAUUUUGAAUCAUCUAUGUAAUAUAACUGUACCCCUAGACAUCUGUACUAAUUCCUUAGCUAAAGACAAUACUACUAGUUCAAGGGAGGAUAUCCCCCAGGAUUGGUCUGUGGCUCUGUGCAGCGUGGAGCAAAGUCUUGAUCGUUUAAAUUGUGAUAUCGAAACGAAAUUCAAGGAUAAAUCUUCUCAGCUAAUAACGCAAGAGCCAGAAGAAGAGAUGUUAAUAAAUGAAGCUUGUAAUAAUGUUAGUGAGUUGCUCCUAAAAGCCUCAUUAAACUACAUUGUGGAACACUCGAAAGCUCGAAUGAUAAUGGAGAAUACAUCAAUGCAUAAUCCUUAUCAUAAGAACUUCUCAAGCCUUUUGGUUCAAAACUUCCUUCACAAUGUCGACGUUUCUUUGAAUCUUCUUCAAGAUUUGGACAACGUGAACGAAUGGUUGGAUGAGGUACAAGAGCUAGCUAGAAGGAAUUUUGACAUGGCUCAUACGGCUUACAAAAAUGAAAUACAACAAAUUUCGAAAUGGGGAAACGAAGUUAAUUUGGACAAGGAAUUGCACUUUGCAAGAAUUGAACCAUUCAAGUGGUGUAUGUGGUCAAUGGGAAUUCUCCCUGGGUUAGAUAUGUCCGAAGAGAGAUUAGAGCUUGCAAAAGUAAUAUCAUUUAUCUACGUGAUUGAUGACAUUUUUGAUGCUUAUGGAACGUACGAUGAGCUAUGUCUAUUCACAGAAGCCAUUAAUAGAUGGGAAUCCGCUGAUGUUACACAAUUACCCAACUGCAUGAAAGUUUGCUUCAAGGCUCUUCUGAAGACAACAAAUGAUUUUUGCUCCAAAUUUCAAACAAAGCAUGGAUGGAACCCUGAGCAAUUUUUACGAAAAUUGUGGGCUGAACAAUGCAACGCGUACUUUAUUGAGUUGAGAUGGAGUGUUGACAAAUACUCACCUAGCCCCAAGGAGUAUCUAAACAAUGGAAUAGUUAGUUCAGGAACCCAUGUAGUUUUGGCACACGCAUUCUUUCUAAUGGGUACAGAAAUCAGUAAGAGGAGUCUUGAGGAAUUGAAUAGCCUUCCUUCAAUUAUAUCUUCCACGGCUACCAUUCUUCGCCUAUGGAAUGAUGCAGGGAACCAUAUGGAUAGGACUCCAAAUGGAGAAGAUGGUUCCUACGUAGAUUGGUACAUGAAAGAACAUAAAAUAAGCUCUUAUGAUAUUGCGAGGAAGCAUGUUAGUCAAAAGAUUUCGGAUGCAUGGAAGUGUCUCAAUAAGGAGUACAUGUCGUCUACAUCUCCAUUCUCAAAAGACUUCAAGGAAGCCUGGCUUAAUUUAGCGAGGUUGGUUCCCAUUAUGUAUAGCCAGGAUGAGAGUCAUCAUCUUCAGUUCAUGGUGGAACCCUAA